AUGACUUCCUAUCAAGAGUUAACGGCCGAAGGGGAGAGUAGCCCUCUGUUCACGGGCUGCUGCCGAGUAAAAGAGGUCAUAAACCGGGACCUGGGCGGCAGGACUCAUCCUGAACUCGGCAGUCGUGAUGAGGAGGGAAAACUGGAGGUGGAAGUUGCCCCAGGAUUUCAUUCUCCGCUUCCCCGGUACUUCACUCUCUCCAACAGUUUGACUCUGUGCACCUCUUCGGACAGCCCUCCUCCUCAUCCUCCUCCUCCUCCUCCUCCUCCUCCUCCACCGUGUGAGACUCUCGAGGGCUUCUCGACACCGGCCUGCCCCCACUCGUCCCGUGUCCCCUGGCGGUGCAGGGCGCAGGGGCAGGGCUCUCCAGGACGCGGAUACCGUGCGUCAAAUAGCAGCGAGACGCUACUCUCCGAUUCUGGGUCACUUACAGAGCAACACCAAAUCUACCCUCGCAAUGGCCCCGAGAUUCACGUCGCCGUGGGACGUUCAGCCGGCUCGGACUGUACCGCGGCGGAUAUGGAUGAAAGGAGUAAAACUUUUGAGUGGAUGAGAGUGAAGAGGAGUCAGCACAGGGCGGCCAGGAUGCACACGACCUGUGGGUUCGGUAUCGUUGGCUCGGGAAUCGGUGCUGUGGAGGCUGGAAGCAGCAGCAGCAGCAGCAGCAGCAGCAGCAGGAGCAUCUGCGCGGAUGGCCAUCCCACGGCGAACGGGGCCCCGAGGACCAGCUUCAGCACCAAGCAGCUGACCGAGCUGGAGAAGGAGUUCCACUUCAACAAGUACCUGACGCGGGCCAGGCGGGUGGAGGUCGCCAGCGCCCUGCAGCUCAGCGAGACGCAGGUGAAAGUUUGGUUUCAGAACAGACGCAUGAAGCAGAAGAAAUUACAGAGAGACUGGCUGCUCUCCGACCCGGGGCCCGCGGCUCCGCACUCACUCGCCGACACUUGGGACACCUGCCCCUCUGCUGGACCGACCUCGCCAAAACACCUGCCCAUGAAGUCCUGA